AGAUGGAGGGAGGAGGGAGGGAGGUAUAAUUAUGGUGGGAGGCAGCCAGAGCGAGAAAGACGAGAGCGAGGAGAGAGAGCGAGUCCAGCCCACUCCGCUAAAACCAUUCAACUGGUGAGCGAGGGAUCGCAGUCAGAGAGAGGGAGAGAGGGAGGUGUAGAGAGGAACUCCCUUCAUCUGGGAUAAGUUAGUGGAGCUGCGUCUCGGACACACACACACACACACACACUCUCCGAACACACGCUCUGCAGCGCCUGCACCCCGGGAACCAGAGUUUUUCCUUUUCAUCAUCCAUUCAUCACGUCCGAGACUUUCUUCUUCUUCUUCUUCUUCUUGUUUUUGUUUCUUUUUCUUUCUUUCUCGUGACGCCUCCACAUUUUCCAGCCAUCUGUCCCCGACAAAAAAGAUAAGGAUUACUCAUUUUCUCUCUCUUCUUCUCUGCGUUUUUCUUUCUUUCUUUUUUUUGUCCUCCUCUCUCUCCUCAUGUCUUUGCAGCUUUUUUUUCCCUCCGUUUUCGCAGGUGGACUGUGAGCUGAACUUUGCAGCUUCCAAACUUCUGAGGAGAGACAAAGACAAAGACAAAGACAAAGACGAUAAGACGGAGAGGACGGAGGAGAGGUGAAGCUUUUUUUCUUCCGGACUCUGUUUUCCGUUCAGACGCUUUUCACACCAACGCCGACUUUUUUCUCCCGGCUGCGUCCGAGCAUCUGCAUCCGGCAGCAUCACCGCAUCCGACCAAUCAGGCGACUCCGCCGUCAUGUCCGUCUUACCUCUGCUCAGCUGGACCGUCCUGCUGCUGGUCCAGAGCUGCGGCUCGUCCUCCGAGACGCCGUCCAAACCCCAGCCGCCGUCUCUGAGCGUCCACCCUCACCACCAGCCGCCGCCGGACGCCGCCUCCGGCUCCCACUGCCCCUCCUGCGCCCUGGCCAGGAUGAGGCGAAACGAUGGGGACGACGUGGCGGCGCACGACCAGGAGGAGGAGGCGGCGCAGCAGGACGUGGUGGAGGCGGUGAAGCGCCACAUCCUCAACAUGCUGCACCUCCAAGCCCGGCCGAACAUCACGCGGCCCGUGCCUCGCGCCGCGCUCCUCAACGCCCUGCGCAAGCUCCACGUGGGGCGAGUGGCGGAGGACGGCAGCGUGCAGAUCGAGGGGGAGGAGGAGGCGCGAGGGCGGGGAGGCCGGGGAGGAGGGGGAGGAGCGGCGGCGGCAGCGGCAGCUCGGGCUGGAGACGGCGGCGACGCGCAGGAGACGACGGAGAUCAUCACCUUCGCCGAGGCUG